ACGGAGUGAAAUCUUAAGACCAAAUUUUACUUCUGUCCCAUAAAACUGCGAAACCGCAAAAAACCUAGAGAGUUAGAUAUCAAUCAACAAGUACAGAUUUUCAUAUUAUCGGAAUGGCGAGGGAUAGUUGCCUGGCUCGAGUGACCGCCGGCGUGGCCGUUGGAGGUGCUGUUGGUGGCGCUGUCGGGGCUGUAUAUGGGACAUAUGAGGCAAUCAGGUAUAAGGUGCCAGGACUUUUGAAGAUCAGGCAUAUUGGACAAACAACACUAGGCAGUGCUGCCAUUUUUGGUCUUUUCUUGGGUGCUGGGAGCUUGAUACACUGCGGGAAGUCAUAUUGAGCGAUAUUUGGUGCUUCAGCCAAAUAAAUUCUUUGUUUUGGAGGAUCUGCUUCGCUUGCCUUGAACAGCACAGAUACAACUUGCCAUAACUAGUUUGUUCAAAAGCAAAAAUUUCACUUUUGUUGGUGAUCUCAGAAACAGUUGAAAGACAAUUAGCCUUCUUGCUUCUGAUAUUUAUUGAUAAUGUGGCUUUGACAAUUCUCUGAAUUUUUAUGUGAUUGUCAGUUCAUUUUUCUUCUUA